AUGACACCCAUGCACGACCGCGGCUAUGGCAAUUUUGAGAGCAGUUAUUGCACCGUGUGCGAGUGCUUGAUUGACGGCAAACCAGAGACGUCUUUGUAUUGCUCAAAGGCAUGCCGUAAGAGAGACGCGAAGGAGCUUUUCUCAAUGCCUGUAGAUGAAGUACGCUCUACCUUUCAGCGCACGAAGUCGGCAACCUCCCUCACGGGACUUGCUGAGCUUGCAACCCAUUCACCGGCCACCGCACACAAGUUAUGCACACCAGCCCGUCCGAUAUUGACACCACUCACACCAAGCAUUUUAUCCGAUGGAACUGAGCCAAAAGGAGAUGCAGGGGAGAGGUCGGCAGACAAGACGAUGAAGGCGAGGGAACGGCCUCUGCCGCCCAAACGUACAAGCUACAGCAGCAGUGUACCGCGUUCUAUUGAUCUGGUAACGCCUGAUCCGCAACUCCUUUCGCUGUCACCACUCAAGCGAGACCAACCAAAGAUACGCAUCGCAGCAUUUGGCUUGUCGGGUGAUGCCAGACCGCGGUCGCCUCUGCACAAGGACCCGGGGAGUGGUUGUUGA